AUGGUUGAUGUGCGCGAGAAACCGGAAGCUCCCUUUGGAGCAGGAGGGUCAUUCAGGCCCGAAGGUCCCAAUGCAGACCUCGAGCGACGGCGCAGCUCCGUCACCAGCGUCCAUGGUCGCAAAAUGAGCAGAAUCGGGCCUCCGCCGGAGAGAUUGGCUUCUCUUCACAACGACUCGGAUUCUGCUGUCGACGACUACAGCAAAUUGGUCGAAUUGGAGGCUCACGAUGCCAUCAAAUAUAGAACUUGUUCCUGGCAGAAGACAGCCGCGCUGCUCUUCUCCGAGUACAUUUGCCUGGCCAUCAUGUCGUUCCCUUACUCGUAUUCCGUGCUGGGUCUCGUCCCUGGCAUUAUUCUGACCGUGGUCCAAGCGGCAUUCGUUCUCUACACUUCCCUGGUUGUCUGGGAAUUCUGUCUGCGCCAUCCCGAGACAAAAGACGUCUGCGAUAUUGGUCAAAUGCUCUUCUGGAACUCCAAGUGGGCGUGGUGGUUCACCGCGUGCAUGUUCCUCCUGAACAACACUUUCAUUCAAGGUCUUCAUGUCCUCGUCAUUUCCCGCUAUCUCAACACUAUGAGUGGUCACAGCGUCUGUACCGUCGGCUUCGCGGCCAUUGGCGCCGUCGUGUCGUGGAUCUGCUCCAUGCCGCGCACCUUCAAUGCUCUCUCGAAACUGGCCGCGCUCACAGCCGUGUUUACUUUCAUUAGUGUCAUCCUUGCUGCGGCAUUUGCGGGCGCUGAAGGCAAGCAUGGGACCGCAGGCUACAACCCGGAUCCCAACCACAUCAACGCGGCGGGCCAGAAGGUCGGGGGCGAGCCUUUGGUCUUGGCCAUUCCGUUGGCCGGCACCACGUUCGUUUCCGGCAUGAACGCCUUCUUGAACAUCAGUUACACAUUCAUUGGCCAGAUCACUCUUCCCAGCUUCAUCGCCGAGAUGAAGAACCCGUAUGAUUUCCGCAAGGCCAUUUGGCUUGUUACUAUCUGUGAGAUCAUCGUGUUUAGUUUGGUUGGCGGUAUCGUCUACGGCUACACUGGAACACAAUACAACACUGCACCGGCGUUUGGAUCUCUCGGCAACGACAUUUACAAGAAGGUGUCCUUCUCUUUCAUGGUGCCGACCUUGAUCUUCCUCGGCGUCCUGUAUGCCUCGGUCUCGGCUCGAUUUAUCUUCUUCCGACUGUUUGAGGGUACUAUUCACAAGUCCUCGCACACUGUGGUUGGCUGGGUUUCCUGGGCCGGAAUUCUGGCCGUGACAUGGGCGGUCGCCUUCAUCGUCGCCGAGGUCAUCCCCUUCUUCUCCGAUCUGUUGUCUCUCAUGAGUUCUCUCUUCGACAGCUUCUUCGGCUGGAUCUUCUGGGGCGUGGCGUACCUGCGCAUGCGCAAAGCCGACCUGGGUCCGGGCUACUAUCGCAAACGCGGCAUUCGAGGAUGGAUUGGCUUUUUGAUGAAUAUUUUCAUCAUUGUUGUCGGCGUUUAUUUCUUGGGCGUGGGCACAUAUGCGUCCGUCGACAGCAUCAUUCUCGACUACAGAAAUGGCAACGUCAAGGGCGUCUUCACCUGCGCUGACAACUCGGUGUAG